GUUGCAAGCGGGGUGAAAUCUCGGAGGUGUCUGAAAUCGACCAGCGGAGAGCAGAGCGAACAGCGUGAAGGUCUGAAAACGUGCAGGCAGCAGACGGUGAUUCUGCAACAUUUAGCAAGAAGGCAACCUCGUAACUUUAGAGCAUAUAAAGUUCUCUGGCGGCGAGAAGCGUUUCAUUUUGUUCCUCUUUUCGUAACUUGGGGGAAAGUUAAACUCUGGCUCGGAGGACCCACCUCGGUGAGCGCAGAAAAGUGCAGUCGGUGGUCGGCAGCAGUUGGUUCUGCAGGAAUGUCGCAGAAAGAGAGACCCGUGUUUUAUCGUCAGGAGGUCAACAAGACGAUAUGGGAAGUCCCGGAACGGUACCAAAGCCUGUCCCCGGUGGGCUCUGGCGCCUACGGAUCCGUGUGUUCUGCAUAUGAUAUGAAGAGUGGUUUGAAGGUUGCUGUGAAGAAGCUCUCUCGGCCGUUUCAGUCCAUCAUCCAUGCCAAGAGAACUUACAGAGAGCUGCGGUUGCUUAAGCACAUGAAACAUGAAAAUGUGAUUGGCCUCCUAGAUGUCUUCACCCCGGCUACUUCUCUGAAGGAGUUUACUGAUGUGUAUCUUGUGACUCACCUAAUGGGGGCAGAUCUUAACAACAUAGUGAAAUGUCAGAAGCUCACAGAUGAUCAUGUGCAGUUCCUCAUAUACCAGAUCCUCCGAGGUUUAAAGUAUAUCCACUCAGCAGACAUCAUUCAUAGAGAUUUGAAACCUAGUAACCUGGCAGUAAAUGAAGACUGUGAGCUGAAGAUUUUGGACUUUGGUUUGGCGCGGCACACUGAUGAUGAGAUGACUGGAUACGUAGCCACCCGCUGGUAUCGAGCCCCAGAGAUCAUGUUGAACUGGAUGCAUUACAACAUGACAGUGGAUAUUUGGUCAGUGGGAUGUAUAAUGGCAGAACUCCUCACUGGAAGAACUCUGUUCCCUGGCACUGACCAUAUAAACCAGCUUCAGCAGAUAAUGCGUCUGACAGGAACGCCCCCGGCAUCUCUAAUAAGCAGGAUGCCCAGCCAUGAGGCCAGGAACUACAUCAGCUCCUUGCCACAGAUGCCCAAGAGGAACUUUGCUGAUGUGUUCAUUGGUGCCAACCCACAAGCUGUGGACCUUUUGGAGAAAAUGCUGGUUCUGGACACAGACAAGCGGAUAACUGCAGCCGAGGCUCUGGCCCACCCAUACUUUGCUCAGUAUCACGACCCAGACGAUGAGCCCGAGGCAGAGCCAUACGACCAGAGCUUUGAGAGCCGCGAACUGGAGAUUGAAGAGUGGAAACGAUUGACCUACGAGGAAGUGUGUAGUUUUGAGCCACCUAUUUUUGAUGAGGAUGACAUGGAGUAAGGAAACGUGCCACCCACAUCAACCCCAGCAUCCAACAAAUUUGCAAAAGCCUCAAACAGACUCUCAGACACUCGUAUCAGACUGCCUACCAACCUUAGUCAGUCUUUAUUAAUUGAGAAAACAUUCUCCAUGAUUAGUCUUUGGAAGGAGAUCAUUACCAGCGAGAACUUGACCAGUUAUCAAUAUUCUCAUGUAUGAACCACUAAUGUUGAUGGUCCGAUGAUGCUGGGAAGUGUCACUUCUUGCCAACGGCUGAAAUAAUUUUAUAUUGUUCAGACAUUUUUUAAAUUCAGACUUUGAUGACUCAUCACUGUGACUCUGAGAUGCUGAAACACCAUGGACCUAUAGCUGUGCUAUUUUGUGUUUAAAAUUUUCUAUUGAGUAACUUAUGAAUAAGCUUUUAUGUCUAUCAAUCAAAAAAAAAAAAAAAAGAAAAAAGCUACCACUCAACCUGCCACGCUGUCACAUAUAGCACUGGGUCACGUAUUUGUAACAUGAGUUUUGAUUCAGUUAUCGCCAUGAUUGUUCCUGUAUUUAAAGAGAUAACUUUGAAGGGUUUCCUCUCUCUGACAGAAGUAGAUUUUACAGAAGUUUUUAGAUAUGUGACAAAUUGAAUUGAAUGUGCCUGUUUUGUGUAGUCACUGACCCUUAGCGCUCACCAACUGAAUUUCACACAUUUUAAUGUUUGUUUUUAAUAGUGUAGAUGCCCUGUGAGACUCUUAUAUAUACAUUUUGGUUACACAGAAAAAUCUGAGCCUCAAUUGUUUAAGGACAAUGCUUUUCAACAAGGCACCUAAAUAGAAAAAAUAUCCGUGGGUACAUGCUCUACUCAAAAAUAUGUAAAUAUCUGUGCCAUAUUUUUUUUUAAAAAUCUCUGACUUAUUGUGGUAAUGUUAUGAAGCAAUCACUUUUAGCAUGUACAUCAGUUAAAGCCUUUGUGUGCGUCUGUGACUGUGUUGUUGGAAUUUACCAGAAUUUUAAGUGUCAUGCUGAAACCUUUAAUAGAAAUACUGCUUAAAUGUGUAAAGGAGGGAUUAUAGAUGUAUUUAUACUUUGUGGAGGUGGUAUUUAUAAACAACAAUCGAAAGAUCCCUUAAACUAUUUUCAGUCCAGCAGAGUAACUACUAUCUUCAGUCCUUUGUUUAACAAAAUAAAGACUUAUUUUUAAGAGA